CGGAAGCCGAGCAGGCCGGUCGCCUGGGCCGCAGAUCCGUGCGUUCUCUGCGGUUGUCGCAAUUCCGACCGAGAGACCUCUGGGUUCUUGGCGGCUGGCGGCUGUCCUGCCGGCAGGCACCGGUAGCGGCGGGUGUCCCGCUCCGCCGGCCCAGCUCCUGCGGAAUCCCCGGCUGGUCCGGGCCGGAGUGCCGCACUCACGGCGGCUCCGUCGCAGGCACGGAGCGAGGAGCAGCCCGCGUCCUCCGAGGUCAGCGUCAUGAGGAGCCUGCCGUUCUUCUGCCGAGGUCAGGUGGUGCGUGGCUUCGGCCGCGGCUCCAAGCAACUGGGCAUCCCCACAGCCAAUUUUCCUGAACAAGUAGUAGACAAUCUUCCAGCUGAUGUGUCCACUGGCAUCUAUUACGGCUGGGCCAGCGUUGGGAGUGGAGAGGUCCAUAAAAUGGUGGUGAGCAUAGGAUGGAAUCCAUACUACAAGAAUGUGAAGAAGUCCAUGGAAACCCAUAUCAUCCAUACCUUCAAAGAGGACUUUUAUGGGGAGAUUCUCAAUGUGGCCAUUGUUGGCUACCUCAGACCUGAAAAGAACUUUGAUUCUUUAGAGUCACUUAUUUCUGCGAUUCAAGGUGAUAUUGAAGAAGCUAAAAAACAACUGGAUUUACCAGAACAUUUGAAACUCAAAGAUGACAAUUUCUUCCAAGUUUCUAAAAGCAAAAUUAUGAAUGGCCACUGAUGAAAAGUCUCGUACCUGUCCACCCACUAGUGUCUUAGUGCUUCUGAUACAGUCUCAUCUUGAUCAUAGUUUAAAUCAAGUGUUUCCUUGUAGCUGUCAAGAGGUCUCCAGCAGUUAACUCCAUCAUGUUGCAUAGAAAAAGAUUCAUUCAGAAAUCAAGGCUUUAAAUGUAAUGUGUUGAUUAAAAUGUAGCACUAGAAAGCUAGUGUCUUGUAAUGAAAAUAAAGUCUGUGAGUGUGGGUGGAAAAGCAAGUUACUAAGGAAAAUGAGGACUGGCCAUAGUUCCUGUGACCAUGUGUGCUGGCACUGGCAAGCCUGACAAGCAUGUACUGCUGAAUAGACGCCUUCCAGGAAACGCACCACUUACACAGCUUAGCCAAGGAGGGAAAUCUAGAGUUACUUUUAUUAUUUUGUGCAUUAAUAUAUUUUUACAGUCCUUCAAACUUUCAUGAGCCGUGAGUCACUCAUUCCUUAUGCGGUCACUUCCUGGUAGUGUCCUAAUGCUCUGUGUGGAGUUAACUUCAGGUUGAAGUGCCCUUGAUGGCCCCGCACCAGGGCUUUUCUGCACAGUACUGAGGAUCCAACCCAGUGCCUUACAUGGUAGGCAAGUGUGACCACUGAGCAAGGCUCCUGGCCCCCUUUACUUUUUUAAGCCAUAUGACGUCUCUGUGUCGCCUUUUUGAAGAAUAGAUGUUUUUGCUCUUUUUAUGACUUUGGUUUAUUUUCUUCCCAUUUGGCAUAUCCGACAACCAUGUGGCGUAGAGACUGCUUGUGGGUGUGCCGUUCUGCUCAAAACUAAGUGGUGGUCAGGUGCAAGUAUGCUUUGUGUUUUAAGAAAAAUAAAAGAAGCUGUAUUUAUAGACUUGCUUGGAAUUGAAACGGACCCAGCCAGUUCCUACCCAACCCAGCUCUGUCUUUUUUUUUUUUUUUUUUAAAAACAGUGUGGUCUUAUGUUUUCAAAGUAAAAAUAGUUCUCUAUGACCAAGUACUUAAAUAUAAUUUAAUACUCAUCUAAAGCCUUUGCAGCUUCAGAAGUGGAGAAAGUUUUAGCCGCGUAUCUUUAUAUCUCCUGGUUUCUCACUGAAUUGGCUUGAGUUGCCUAUGCUGGCAGAAGGUUGACAUUGGGCGACCAAUUGCUUUGGGCUCAUCAGUGCGUUGAAUUAGUUGUUGAAUGGCGAGAGAUUUGCUGGGGCAGCCCUGUGAAUGUGUUCUAUGACUGAGCAACCUCCUUAGCCUUCAAAAUAGAAUUUUUGAUGUUGGAAAUUCCAUACUAAAAGGAAGCCUUAAGUAAGAAUAGCUUGUUAAUUAUGUCCUCAUUAAGUAAUGUUCAUGGCUAAUGUCACAUUGUUAACAGUUGUUACUUUGGAAUUAUAUGGCAUGUGGUUUAGGGCUUAGUUAAUUCUCUAGACUUCAAAAACUGUAUUAUUGAUGUAUUAUAAGAAAUUACAGUACCACUUUGAUUAGUCUGAAUGUUUGCAGACCUUG